AGGCAGGGCCAAGCCUCCCCUCCGCUCAAACUACAGAGAAAAUUACACCAUCAGCCUCCCUCCUUCUGUGCAUGGACCACCCUCCACUGUUCUCUGUUAGUGGAUGCAUGUGCCAUAGCCGGAGCUGGAGCCUAAUGAGAGCAAAGACAGAAGGAGCCCCGAGUGUGUGAGGAGAAGAAUGGAGAGCUUGCACAUACACAGGCACGACCACAACUGAGACGCCGAGCUGGGUCUUACCUCCGCACCCUGGACCACUGAUUGAACUGUCACUGUCACUGUCACAGAUCUGCAACUUUUUGGGGGUGAAAAGGAGAGGAAGAACCAUGGGACCUGGAACAUGGAACUUAUUUGCUCUGCUUUGCUUGGCCCUCUGGAGCAACAGCUAUGCCGUCACCAAGAACCCCAUUCUCUCAAGGAUACGAAGGGCUCCAGAGGCAAAUGAAGAAAACAAAAAGUGCUCUUAUACCUUUCUGGUCCCCGAACAGAAGAUCACAGGCCCCAUUUGUGCUGCUCGGGGUUAUUCCACUGAUAAAGACAGAGUAACGCGGCUGGAGGUCGCUGCAGUGCGCGACCUUCUGUCAAAGCAGCGUCGGGAGAUGGAGACUUUGAAACUGGUGGUGGAUGUGGAUGGUAACUUGGUUAAUGAGAUGAAGUUAUUGAGGAAAGAGAGCAGGAACAUGAACUCCAGGGUGACCCAGCUCUACAUGCAGCUGCUGCAUGAGAUCAUCAGGAAGAGGGAUAACUCACUGGAGCUCGCGCAGCUGGAAACACGCAUCCUCAACGCCACCUCUGAGUCACUACGUCUGGCCUCCAGGUACAGAGAACUGGAGGGCAAAUAUGCCACGCUGUCUGCAGUGGUGAACAACCAGUCUGUGCUGAUCGGAGCACUGGAAGAGCGCUGCAUGCAGGUGUACAGCCGUAGACAUGAGCACUCACCACAGGGACCCCCACUGGUGCAGGUGGUGCCUGAAAACAUUCCUGUCAAUGUGCCACGCUUCACCAAUGAGAUCCAGAGAGACAACGGUCGAGGCUUUGCCAGGGAGAGGGGCUCUCGCUCUGGGCCGUCACCCACAAGUGUGACCCUGGAGGCCCAGAAACCUCCUCAGAGAAACUUCAGCACUGAAGGUCCGUUUAGAGACUGUCUGGAGGCGCAGGAAGCCGGUCACAUCACCAGCGGCAUGUACCUGAUCCGACCGGAUGAAGCAGAGAGACCAGUGCAGGUGUGGUGUGAACAGGAUAUAGACAAUGGAGGCUGGACUAUCAUCCAGAGCAGAAGAGACGGAUCUGUUAACUUCUUCAGGAACUGGGAAAAUUACAAGAGCGGCUUUGGUAACAUAGAUGGGGAGUACUGGCUUGGACUGCAAAGCAUCUACGGUUUGGGGAGGCAGGGCGACUACAAGCUGCUGGUGGAGCUGGAGGACUGGAUGGGCAAAAAGGUCUACGCUCAGUACAGCAGCUUCCACCUGGAGCCACCCAGCGAGGACUACCGCCUGCGACUGGGCACCUACCAGGGCAACGCCGGGGACUCGCUCAGCAGCCACAACGGCAAACAGUUCACUACUCUGGAUCGAGACAAGGAUGCCUUCUCAGGUAACUGUGCCCAUUUCCAUAAAGGAGGCUGGUGGUACAAUGCUUGCGGCCAAGCCAAUCUCAACGGUGUUUGGUACAACGGGGGUGUUUACCGCAGCAAGUUCCAAGACGGGAUCUUCUGGGCAGACUACGGCGGAGGCUUCUACUCCAUGAAAUCUGUCCGCAUGAUGAUCAGGCCCAUAGACUGAGACUGACCGUGUAAGCCAGGCUGGUCCACAGGCAGCAGGAGACGCCAUCUUGAAGCUCAUUCUUGACUGUUUGUCAUCAGCAAUUGAAUGAUUUGAGAUUAAAAAAAGAAAAAAAAAAAAGAAGCAGCACCAAUGGAAAUGAACCAUCAGUGGUGACUUGAAAUGCCUCCAAUGACAGACUAUUGUCCUCUUUGUCUUUUAUCUCUUUGUAGAUGAGAUGUACAGGGGGAAAUACUGUAACUAUUUAUAGUAAGACAUAAAACCCCAUUAGCCACCACAUAUGUAUCAUAGUGGGGAGGGGAAAAUUAAAAGUAACUGCCAUCAUUGUGCGGUUUAAUAAUCCACGUUGUCUGAUAAAGAAACCAAUGUUUUCCUCAUCAUCACACCAUGGGGUGGAGGCACGACAUCCUCAGAGGGUUAAUGAAUUGAUUCUUUUUAUGUAAAUGCAUCUCUUCCUACCUCGCUAGGUUAAACAUCUGAGGAAACCCUUCCAGGGUGUUUAACUUGAGAUGUACUGGGAGCUGGAAAACACAUCUUGUCAAUAACUAUAUGAUUUUAUUUAGACUCUGUGUCCAACUCCAUGUGGGAAAAAAGGAAUGUACUUCAAAUAACAUGGUUUAGGUACAUUUGAUUACUGAUUAUAAACAUUAUAUGUAAGUUUAUAUGAGCAUCUUAAAGUAUAUGUACCAGAAACUUUGAUUUAUGUGCCCAAUGAACAUGAACAACAGUGAAUAAGGGACAGGAAUCCUAAGGAAACGGGGAAUAAUUCUGCAGAAAAGAGGACUAAUUUCCUCUGCUGUGUAUAUAUGACAAUUACUCUCAAAGUGCGCUUUCAAAUUGCUCUUAAAGUUUUUUUUCAUUAGGCCAUUGAUUACAUUUCAAUGUGACUCUGGGAAAGACCCCAAAAAAAGGAGUCAUGUUUUGUUUUGAGUGGUUUUUAAGCAUGAAAACUAUGCCGACCGAGCGUGUUGAGAGUUAUAGGCACUGGGACAGACAACGAGAAACACAUUGUGGAAAGCCAGACAGAAUGGAGAGAGAGAGAAGAAGUAAAGAAAAAGAGAGGAGAGGAGAGAAGAGAGGGAGGAGAUGAACUGGGAUGGAAUCAGGCCAAAUGUCCAACUUAUUUUCUCCCCCCUCUUACUUUUAAAUACAGAGACAUUUACAUUCUUUCCACAGAGAGGUGCCUGAAGUGUAUGAUUUCAUAAAAAAAAAAGCUCACUGACAAAAUCAUGGAUCCCUGCACUCUGUGAUCGCCAAUAUAACAUUGAUUCAGUGUCCUUUCGGGGGAAACCUCUGCAGCUGGAGGCGAGAGGAGCUGCUGUGAACAACUACAUAUUUUCCUCACACACACACACACACACACACACAAAAGACAAGCAGCCUUUGGUCUCCGAGUUAAAAUUAUGCUUUUUUUUCCCCCCUUAUUGACCACAAUGGCCCUCACACCCAUCUCUUUAACGAAUGUUUAGAAACUUAUGAAGCACAGAGGCUGGUCAUGGUAACAUGUUUAUGGACAUGUAAAAAAAGAAGAAGAAGAAGCUUCCAAUUAAAAACAUUUUUUAUAAUGCUAAAAUUAAACAGCAGUAUAAACGGAAACAUGCUGCAUGUGUCAUAAUACUUGGUAGAACAAUAUUACACAAUCAAUGGACACAAUCCAUCACUGAUUUAGACACUUAACAUGACUUGUAAGUUACUAGUCUGUGUUCUUUUCCGUCUUGUGGGUGUGUGAGUCAUGCCAAUUAAAUGUUGUUGUUUUGAACCGAUA